UUUUUCGUUUGCGACUAUGAGAAGGUUUUGGAGCCUUUUUCCUACAAAAAGUGACUCCCUAUAUUCUCUAUUUUUGUACUUCAAAAUUUACAAAGAUUUCUCGAAGUUAACAUACAUUAUAGUUUAAGCAGUAGCAAUGGAUUACUCCGUCGUGGAGGGUGGCGCGUCCCUCCGUUCGCCGGGUACCGACGCUACAAAUCGCCGUGUUUCUUAUUUUUUCGACUCUUCCAUUGGCGAAUAUUAUUACGGCCAGGGUCAUCCAAUGAAGCCUCACCGUAUUCACAUUGCACACAAUCUUAUUUGCAACUAUAACCUUCAAAAUAAAAUGGAGGUAAUUGAACCGUUUCCGGCGAGUAAGGAGGAUAUUGGGUGGUUUCACUCAUCAGACUACGUCGAGUUUCUAUCUUCAGUUUCGCCCGAGAGUCUUCAUGAUGAUUACAAUUCCACCCAGCUUAAACGCUUCAAUUUAGGUUCGGACUGCUCGGACUGCCCUGUUUUUUAUGGGCUUUUUGAUUUUUGUCAAGCUUCGGCUGGUGGCUCCAUUGGAGCCGCUGUUAAGCUUAAUCAGAAAGAUGCUGAUAUAGCCAUCAAUUGGGCUGGUGGGUUGCAUCAUGCAAAGAAAAGUGCAGCUUCUGGAUUUUGUUAUGUGAAUGAUAUUGUUCUUGGGAUUCUUGAACUUCUCAAGGUUCACAAGCGUGUACUGUAUAUAGACAUUGAUGUUCACCAUGGAGAUGGAGUUGAGGAGGCUUUUUACACCACAGAUCGGGUUAUGACAGUGUCUUUUCAUAAGUUUGGGGACUUCUUUCCUGGUACAGGGAAUAUCAAAGACAUUGGUGCCAGUACCGGGAAGUACUAUGCCUUAAAUGCACCAUUGAAAGAUGGGAUUGAUGAUGAAAGUUUCCGUUGUCUAUUCCGUCCUGUUAUCCAAAAAGCAAUGGAGGUCUAUCAACCUGAAGCUGUUGUUCUUCAAUGUGGUGCUGAUUCACUAGCCGGAGACAGGUUGGGUUUAUUUAACUUGUCUGUCCAAGGCCAUGCAGAUUGCCUUCGAUUCCUCAGGUCGUUCAAUGUCCCUUUAAUGAUGUUGGGUGGUGGAGGUUAUACGAUUACAAAUGUUGCUCGCUGCUGGUGCUAUGAGACAGCAGUUGCAGUUGGAGUAGAGCCUGAUAAUGAUUUGCCUUACAGUGAGUUUUACGGGUAUUUUGCCCCUGAUUAUACUCUUAAACAUGAAGCAUUACCCAUGAAGAAUAAGAAUCCGCCCCGGGAACUGGAGAAGAUCAGGAACACGUUGCUGGAGCAACUCUCGCGUUUACCCCAUGUACCUAGUGUUCCAUUUCAAGUGACACCUUCCAUAACAGAAGUUCCAGAAGAGCGAGAGAAAGACAUGGAUCAAAGGGCUAAACCAGGAAUACAUAUGAACCAGGAUUAUGAUACUGAUGAAGAGGAAAAGUCAAAUAACAGAAAGUUUAGUAAUUACUACAAUUACUCCAACAGAGAGAACUGACAUGAGGUUACUUUCAUUACAAAGUCAAAGAUGAGGACAUGGUUUGAUGGAGGUCUCUGAGGCUAAGCUCUUCUACAUGUCUAUUAGCAAAUACUCUAGUUAGGAUGAGAAAUGAUAGAAGCUCAUAGUAAAGACGUUAUUUGUAGUGGCUUAAUUGGUGAUUGUACUUUGUCUAUUUGGUGAAUAGAGAUUUGCGCAUAAUUUGAAUAGAAAAGAA